GCCCGGGCUCUUUGUCGGUGGUUGCUGGCGGGGGGUCGCAGCGCCAUGUCCUCCCCCAAGAACGGCUUCUACCGGCAGGAGAUCACCAAGACCCUUUGGGAAGUGCGGGACCGCUACCGGGAUCUGCAGCCAGUGGGGUCCGGUGCCUACGGAGCCGUCUGCUCAGCCAUUGAUGGAAGAAGUGGUACCAAAGUGGCCAUUAAGAAAUUGUACCGCCCGUUUCAGUCUGAACUCUUUGCCAAACGAGCCUACAGAGAGCUACGCCUGCUGAAGCAUAUGAAGCAUGAAAAUGUCAUUGGAAUAUUGGAUGUGUUCACACCAGAUGUAACUCUGGAGAAGUUUAAUGAUUUCUACCUUGUCAUGCCGUUUAUGGGAACAGACUUGAGUAAGAUAAUGAAGCAUGAGAAACUAACCGAAGACCGAAUCCAGUUCCUGGUGUACCAGAUGUUGAAAGGAUUGAAGUAUAUUCAUUCAUCCGGCAUAAUUCACAGGGAUCUAAAGCCUGGAAACUUGGCAGUAAAUGAAGACUGUGAACUGAAGAUUCUGGAUUUUGGAUUGGCGAGGCAUACAGACAGUGAGAUGACUGGUUACGUGGUUACAAGGUGGUACAGAGCCCCAGAGGUCAUACUUAACUGGAUGCAUUAUACACAAACAGUUGACAUCUGGUCUGUGGGCUGCAUAAUGGCUGAGAUGAUAACAGGGAGGCCUCUGUUCAAAGGAAAUGAUCAUCUGGACCAACUCACAGAAAUAAUGAAAAUAACAGGCACACCAACUCAAGAUUUUGUUCAAAAACUGCACAGUCAAGAUGCAAAAAACUAUAUCAAAAGCCUCCCAAAAGUCCAGAAAAAAGAUUUUGCAUCCAUCUUGAAGUAUGCGAAUCCUUUGGCUGUAAACCUUUUGGAGAAGAUGCUGGUGCUGGAUGCAGAGAAGCGCGUCACAGCUGCUGAGGCUUUGAUGCAUCCUUACUUUGAACCAAUUCAUGAUCCUGAGGAAGAAAUUGAAGCAGAGAAAUAUGAUGACACGUUUGAUAACAUGGUUCUUCCUCUAGACGAGUGGAAGUGCAUUACAUAUAAAGAGAUACUGAACUUCAAGCCACCACAGACAUCAGAGUCAAAGGAGACUGAGGUGUAAUUGUAUGACUCUGUCUUUUCAGAACGUGGAAGAGAGCAGGAAAGUUGUAAAUGUUUCUGACAUUUCAGGUGUAUAAAACGUUUGUAAAUAAACUGGAUGUGAUCCGUUUCACCUGCACUGUAAGAAAAAGCAAUGUCUUUUACUCUGCAUGUGGAAGUCGAUGCCUUUGGGAGUAGCAUUUACAAACUAUCUAGAAACUUAUUCCUGCUUACAACUUCUACAGAAGGAUUCAGACUGUUAUCAUGGUGCCAUCCUCAAAAGAGCACGUAGGACUAAUUCUUCUGCUCAGAGAUCAGAAGCAUACAAGUUACCACCCCAUGCAAGCUGAAAUGCAGAGUACAUCAGAAUGCGCUGUGACUGUGGCAACCAGCAACAGAACAAGAGGACACAGUCUCAGGCUGUGCAGGAGGAAGUUCUUCAUGGAAAGAGUGAUUGCCCAUUGGAAUGGGCUGC